UGUGUCUCGCGAGAGAAAGCGAGAACACAAAAGCUAGCGAGUGCGCUAGCCAGUGGUCUAUCGAUUUAAGUUAAUCUCAUUUUAUUAUGGCUACAAUGUCUGGGGGUGCAAAUCUCGCAAUUCCUGGGACAAGCCAGUGCAGCACUGGGACGGCUGCGUACCGGAAAAAAGACAGCAGUCCGUCCUCCAGGUUCUGGGAGAGUCCGGAUACUUUAGCCCAGCUGGAGGUGGUGCGGCAGUGGAUCGGGAAGCACUACAAAAAGGUUGUGUUGAUGGACCCUCCAUCAUGCCAGGCUCUGGCUGCAGUCACCAUGCAGCUUCUCCAGUUUCAAGAGGAUGUCUUUGGCAGACAGAGUACCAGUCCUGUUUUAACCAAACUGCCUGCACAGUGCUUCCUUGACUUGCGACCAGGGGGUGGGCUCUGCCACAUUCUUAGCACUGCCUACAAGUUCAAGGCCGACCAAGGCUGGAGAAGGUUUGAUUUGCAGAAUCCAUCAAGGACUGAAAGGAAUGUAGAGAUGUUUGGUGCUAUUGAAAGAGCAUUGAUCCAGAACAACUGUAUGUCGCUGCCUGUGGUAUAUCUGGACCCCACACUGGAUCAGGAGCUGACUAGCAGACUGACUGAUAUUAUCACCAAGCACCAGGGUUCAGUCACUGAGGACCAGAUACUUGCCAGUCACCACAUCUACCCCUCACCUGUGUCUACAGAGGAAGAUGAGUGGAUGCGUCCUGUUUUGCAGAAAGACAAGCAUGUCUUGGUACACUGGGGCUUGUACCCAGAUAGUUAUGACAGUUGGCUAUCCUCAGCUGAUGUCGAAGGAGAGGCUGAAGAGCCGCCACAUCCAGAGAGACCCUGGAGGGUCCAUGCCAGAUGGGUUCUGGACACAGACAUUUUCAAUGAGUGGAUGAAUGAGGAAGACUAUUGUCUGGAUGAGAGGAAUGUGCCAAUCAUCCUCCGUCAGCGUAUUUACCUCCAAGAUGAUCAGGACUCCAAGUCCACUCCCUCCAAAAAGAGAAGACGCUCGCCCUCUCCUCCCUCCUCUGACGGCAGGAAGAAAGGAAAGAAGGGAAGAAGACGUGGACAACAAGAGGAAGAGCCAGAAGAGGACUUGACUAAAGACAUGGAGGACCCUACCCCUGUUCCUAACAUGGAGGAAGUCAUGCUACCCAAGAAUGUCAACCUGAAGAAAGACAGUGAGAAUACUCCUGUCAAGGGAGGGAUCAUGGCUGACCUGGAUGAACAGGAGGAGGAUUUUCCAGGAAGGGAGGACGAUGAGGGAAGAGGAGAGAUACCUCGUCUGUCAGAGGGAGAAGACAAUAUCACAGAACAAACCCAUCACAUUAUAAUACCAAGCUAUACAUCUUGGUUCAAUUAUAACAGCAUUCACUCAAUAGAGAAACGUGCACUGCCUGAAUUUUUCAAUGGAAAGAACAAGUCCAAAUCUCCAGAAAUCUACCUGGCCUACCGCAACUUCAUGAUCGACACGUACCGGCUGAAUCCCCAGGAGUACCUCAGUUCAACAUCCUGCAGACGCAACCUCACCGGAGAUGUCUGUGCUCUCAUGAGGGUUCAUGCAUUUUUGGAGCAGUGGGGUUUGAUCAACUACCAAGUGGAUGCAGAGAGCAGACCCCUACCCAUGGGACCCCCACCCACCCCUCAUUUUAACGUACUGGUUGAUACACCAUCUGGACUGGCCCCCUUACAACACAGACCCCUGCAGGUGUCCGCCUCACAGCACAUGUUGUAUUUCCCAGAAAAGAGCAGAGAGAAGCCUUCAGACUGCCAGAACUUUGGUCUGCGCACUGACAUCUACGCCAAGAAACACCCUAAGACUAAAGGAGCGAGUGCAGGAAGGGAAUGGACAGAGCAAGAGACACUCUUGUUAUUAGAGGCCUUAGAGGUUUACAGAGAUGACUGGAACAAAGUAUCAGAGCACGUGGGCUCCAGAACACAAGAUGACUGUAUCCUCCACUUCCUUCGUCUGCCAAUAGAAGACCCUUACCUGGAAGACUCCUCAGCCUCCCUUGGCCCACUGGCGUACCAGCCCGUGCCUUUCAGCCAAUCAGAUAAUCCUGUUAUGAGCACUGUGGCCUUCUUGGCAUCUGUGGUGGACCCGCGGGUGGCGUCAGCUGCAGCUAAGGCUGCUCUGGAGGAGUUUUCCAGAGUGCAAGAGGAGUCAGUGGAUAAGGUCUGUGAAAUGUCCAACCAGCCUGAAAAAGCAGACUCAAUGAAUGUAGAAAGAAUGGACACAAACUCCACCUCUCAUCAGAUCCCUGUAAGGGCAGAUGGGCUCAAGGUGGAACCCACUGGGGCUAAAGUGGAGGGAAUCAAAAGAGAAAAUGCUGAAAAUAUCCUUGCAGAAGAAAGAGAUGGAAGGGGAGAUGAUGAUGAGAGCGUAGGGCAGAGGGAGGGAGAUGGGGAUGAGGGGAGGAGAGUGAUGGAGCAGGAGCUGGUGGAGGGCGGCGUUCCCAUGCCAGCCGCAGCUGCCUUGUCCUCAGCUGCAACAAAGGCCAAGCACUUGGCAGCGGUAGAAGAGAGGAAGAUUAAGUCCCUGGUGGCCCUGCUGGUGGAGACCCAAAUGAAGAAGCUGGAGAUCAAGCUGAGACAUUUUGAGGAGCUUGAGACCAUCAUGGACCGUGAGAAAGAGGCUCUCGAGCAGCAGCGGCAGCAGCUUCUAUCAGAGAGACAGACUUUCCACACAGAGCAGCUGAAACAGGCUGAAAUAAAGGUGCGCCAGCAGAGGGAGCAGCAGGGUCAGCCAGGAUACACGAUGCAGCAACAUUCAGGCCAGUCUAUGCCCAACCGGAUGAUGCCCGGUGGAGGUAAUGCCCAAGUGAUCGCCCCUCGGCACCCUGGAGCUCCCAACGGCAUGUACCCAUCCUCGCAGUCUGAUGGGAUAGAACCAGCACAGCCCGGGCCUCCAGCAUCCAGUCACAGCUGAACUAACCAGAAAACAGAUGCACACCACAUCUUCUUCAACCAGGAUACACACACAUACAAAUAUGAUACUGAUAUAAUGUUCAGGAAUAACUGCUUAGCAUUGAAGUCUUCAGUAGUCACAUGUUUAUAGGCUGAAAAACAAGCACAUAGCUGAUGUGCAUUUGGUCAACGGCUCUGUCCGUCUUAUGUCUGUGAAAUAUUUGUGCUCUGAUGUCAGAGAUGAGAAAACUGCAGAUUGCACUUGACUCAUUAAAGUUGUUUUAU